AACCGAAACAACACCCUCAACGACACAAGGAGGUGUCGUUUCAUCCAACAUCCCACCACGUGUCACGUAACCAAACACAUUACAAGGACAACGUUUGUUUUGUUGUUAUCUCCCUCUUCCCGACAACAACAACACAAACCUGUCAUCACCUCCAUUUCUCUUCCCCACAAUGUCCCACCGGAUUCAAUUCACCAUCUUCUCUAACCUUCCAUUGCAAGAUUCUCUUCUCAAACUCCACAAAUCCAUUCUUCCAAAUUAGCCUUUUCUUUAUUCAUUGUAGAUGUCUUCUUCACAUUGGUGUCACCGGUGCAACCGUUUCGUCAGAAUAUGGCGGAGGCAGGGGAUACCGGUAUGUCCCGAUUGCGACAGCGGCUUCGUCGAGGAGGUUGAAAAUCACACCAACAGCCGGCGCCGGAGGGUACCUCCGGCGGCGGUAACCAUGCACCACCGCUCCGAUCAGAAUUCACGUCCGAAUCACCGGUGGAACUGCAGAAACUUCUCCGGCGAACGGUCACAGUUUAAUCCGGUCAUCAUGCUCCGGAGAGGCGAGUCCUCCACGAGCCGCGGCGGGUUUGAGUUUUUCUACGACGACGGCUCUGGCUCCGGGCUGCGGCCAUUGCCUCAGAGGAUGUCGGAGAUUCUUCUGGGCUCUGGAUUCGAUAGGGUGAUGGAGCAGCUCUAUCACGUUGAAACUGGGAGACACGGGCAUCAUCACCACAGCCAUCACCAAAACUUUCCGGCGUCAAAAGCCGCCGUGGAUUCCUGGCCGGAGAUUGAGAUCAACGAGAGCCAUAUUUCCACGGAGUCACACUGCGCGGUUUGCAAGGAGCCUUUUGAGAUUGGCAUCGCCGUGAAGGAAAUGCCAUGCAAACAUGUUUACCAUUCUGAUUGUAUCCUCCCCUGGCUCGCAAUUCGCAAUUCAUGCCCUGUUUGUCGCCAAGAACUGCCGUCAGAAUCGAACGCCGCCGCACUCGUUGAUCAGGACCAGGUUCCAGAGGGGUUAACGAUAUGGAGAUUACCGGGUGGUGGGUUCAUGGUGGGAACGUAUGCCGGAGGAAGCAGAGGUGGCACAUGGAGGGAGCUUCCGGUUGUUUUCACAGAGGUGGAUGGUGGGUUCAACAAUGGCGUUGAAGUUGAGCCAAGGAGGGUAUCUUGGUCAUUGUCAUCUUCUAGACGGAGGGGAAACGGUGGCGAUGGUGGUGGUAGUGGUGGUGGUGGAUUGAGGAGAAUGUUGAACACCAUGUUUCGUUGCUUGAGAAAUGGAGUUAGGACUCGGCGUGCUGUUUCCUCUGUUCCUGCUAGAGAGGAUUCUAGUUCUAGAGUACCUGUGACUGUGAGGAGCAAUAGUGUGUCUCGUGCGAAUGUGGAACCUUCAAUUCCCUCUCCACGUUCGAGGAGGACUUGGUCUAUGGAUGUGAAUAGUGGAACGAGAGCAUGGUGAUGGAAAUUCAAGUGGGGAUGGGUUGAAAAUUGAACUUUGUUUCUGGGUUCUGCUGUGGGGGGAAGGGGAUGGAAGAUUUCAUAGUGGGGCAGAGUGGAAGAUGCAAUGCAAUGACAGAUUGUUUGGUGAAUUCUGAGAGCGAUUAUGAGUCCGUUUGGAUGUGGACCAAAGAGCACUUAUUUUAGCUUAUCGGCUACUUUUUUAUGUAUAGAAGUUCUUGUAAGUGUUUUUUACCGCGCAUUCGAAAGGGAUGGCUACUGUUAAAACUCUCAGAAGCAAUUAAUGGCAGCAGCAUCAGUGGAGAAAUGGAGGUGAAAGGAGCCUAUUUGUGAAUAUUUUGGGGGACAAGAACAUUGGUAACCUUAGUGGGUUUGAUAAUAAAAUGAUGUGAACAAUCUUCAUAUUGUUCAUUUCAUGAUUUUUCCUCCCAAGAUUUGUAAAGUUUAAUUGGCUUCACUUUGAUCUUUCAAAUUCUGUGUAAUUUGUAAAUGUUUUGUUGUUGUAAAUGUUUUCCUCAAAAUAUUUGAGGUAUUAUUGUCAAUAUCUAUAUAUAUUUUGUCAAAAUAUACAACGUGAGGGGUAUUAUUGUCAUUUUGUAAAUCAUACACAUGUUCUAAUGGUUUUCUUC